CUCAUCUUCCCCAACCACAUGAUGUCGAGUUCAUCUUCUCCUGCGUGCGAAUGAUCUCAUGCCUAGGAGAAACUCGGCUGCUCAACUUUUGUCCUGCAAGCGUCCGAGCGCAGCCAUCCCGUCGAAUCCUUCUCUCGCACCUCCACUCGGACGACCCUCGUUUAGCUGGAAGCCAACACCGCCCUACUGCAAGUCUAAAUGCCAAUCCACGAGCGAGAGUGGUCGCAGUGAGAUAACUAUCCACGUCCCUCAGUGUUGUGCACCGGCGGCCAACCCCGCCGUCUCAAACUCUCUCUGGACAAUCAUCUGCCACUGUUCUCGACCUCGAAUUUUGCCCGCUACCUAUCGCAGCACUCCCGAACACCUCUCUCUCCAUCCUGCCACGAGGCUGCGCUUUGUCGCCUGGCUUCUUUCCAUCGCAUACGAACAUCAAUCGCCUCUAUCCGCUGCGCGCUCGAGUCCUAUCCAGCAAGCGAACUGCCCAUCUGUCCCGCUUCAAGCGAUGUCUAUCCCUUGACAGCCGUGUCUCCUUCGACUCUUUCCCGCAGCCCACCUGCGGGCAAAACUCUCAAAUCGACCCGCGUCAAGAAUGACACAAGAGCGCGAGCAGAAUGUGGUGUGGCCUCACGACAUGCAAGAUGAUGCUAUGGUCGCCGGGGUUGGCGACGACGACUUCACCAAAUUUCUCGACUUGGACAGCGAUUUCCAGCAAUUCACCCAAAUGAACAAUGGCCAUUCCGGUCUGGAUACCCCCAUGGGCCGUCUUGGGUUCGGAAACAAUGCAAAUGACAUCUCAUAUGGCAAUUCCGAACAAAUGCACAUGAACAUGCCGCCGGCCACGGAGUCCAUGAGCUAUCAGAACCACCUCUCUUCGAACCAGCCAUAUGGGCAGUAUCAUCAGCAGUACCAGCAGAUGCAGAUGCAGCAGCAAUACCAUGUUCCUCCAACGCCUGUGAGCGCCGACAUGCAGGCUGCCAAAUAUGCGCAUCAUAUGGGAAACAAUGGGCAGAUACUCUUCGACCAUCAGCAGGUCUCGUUCACCCCCUUGGUCUCCCCAGCGCAGACUCCUCUGGAUAACGCAUUCGCCAUCAAUGACUUCGGUUUAGGAGACGAAUUCUUUAGUCCUUUGACCUCACCAGCCAUUGAAGCACAAGGAGCUUUCACCGGCACAACGGCCUCCCCUGUCGAUCUGAACGCUGACCAGGGUGCUCCUGUCCCGUCGCAGACUGCCGGCACAAAAAGACCUCGACGCAAAGCCGCCAACACGACUCGUACUCCUGCUCGAAGCGUCAAGCAGUCCCCCGCCAUGAAGCCUCACCACCGUAGCCGGCACCCCUCGUUGAGUUCGUUGUCGUUAGACAAAAUUGGGAACAUGCUUCCGCAGUCUGCUCACCCAUCCUCUUUGUACCCCUCUGCGCCCAACAGCGCCGUCAUCCAGCCCAGCGACGAUUCGGUCUCCCCCGAACCAUUAUCAGAAGCUGCCAUGCGACCGCCUCCAGUGCCACAUUCCACUAAAUCUCCCCAACCCCACACAUCGGCUCAAAAUUCAAACAAUCCAGUCACCCCGGCCACUCUGAUGAGGAUGCCAAGUAAGCAAUCAGUCUCCGCGAAGCAGCUGGAACAACAUGCUUCUGCUCAUGUGGCAGAUGGGCCACUGGAAGAUAUUAUGUUGCCAGAUGCAGCUGACUCGGACGGUCAACCUAUUAUAAGUGCUGGUGAUAUCAGCAAGACGGGCGAUGACAGCGAAAGCACACCCACGCUUUCUGCCAAAUCGGCAAAAUUAACUGCGAGUAGCACGCCUCGGAGUGCCUUGACACGGACAGGCUCAUCAGAGACUUUUGUGAAGCCCGGCAAGCUCGAGUCUCGUGGCAGCCGUGCCGGCAAAAAGCGUCAGAGCACUUCAUCUGCCACGAUUUCUCCUGCGCUGCGGCCCAAAAUUUCGCCGAGCAUUAGUCCUCUGGUUCCAGCAACGGGCCCAGGGAUGGCCCACCUUUCAGCAGAGACGAGCGCUUUGUACCUUGCGUCGAAAUCAAAUUACCAGAACAUUCUGGAGGGCACGCAUCUGCCUGGUGUAUCCUAUCCCGAGACAUUGGCUGAGAACCUCACGUCGAAACGGACAUCCCACAAGAUUGCCGAGCAAGGUCGCCGAAACCGUAUCAAUCUCGCGUUAAAGGAGAUUGAGACUCUUCUACCCCAGUCGAUCUUGGCUUCGCAGGGCAAGAAGGAUAGAUCGGCAUCACAAGAAGCGGGAGAAGGAGAAUCCAAAUCGUCUGCCGCCGCUCAGGGAGCCAGCAAGGCCAGCACGGUCGAAAUGGCGAUUGUCUACAUCAAAAGUCUACAGUCGGAAUUGAAAGAGACGCAAGACAAGCUGGAUGCAGCGGAAAAGAGACUUGCUGAAGGAAGCAGCAGUGGUGACAGUCUGUCCUCUGACGGUUGAGAAUCUUACUGGGUUUCGAAUGACCCAGGAUCUAAUGGCUUUACGGCGUGAUGGUGAUGGUUGAUAUGAAUUUCAGAUGCAACGAAGGUCACACCAGUUAUACAGAAGGCGUUGAUCUGGAUGAACAUGAAGUGGGAUCAAAGAUUUGUGUGAAUGUUACAGCUUCAUAGAACGUCAUGUUCAACUCUAUAUUGUAGUAAAGUUACCACGGAGCCCGCCCUUGAGCGCAUGUGUGCAUAUAAAGUACAGAAAGUGUACAUGUCAAAAUUUCAAAA